AGAGUUAUUAUUAUUCCAUCUUCCAUCCAUUUUCUUCACAGACAGACACUGGUUUUCAUCUCUUCAUUCCCCAUCCUUUUCAUUCCCCCAAACCUCCAUCCAUUCCAUUCCCAAAUCAUAUUCAAUCCAUUCUCUACCAUCAAUACCAACACACAUAAUCUAAUCAAAUCAAAUCAAAUCGAUCUAUUUCCCCCAAUUUCUUAGGGUUUUUCGCACCAAUCCAUACAUCCUCAUUUCUACGAUAAACAUCAUCCGAUUAACCGUUUUUGCUUCCUGUUAGGGUUCGGAAUCAAUCUCGGCAUUCCAAUUCGUCGAAAUCUCCGCGUUUCUGAUUCGGUUUGUGGUUUUUCACGCUUGAUUUGAAGAAAAGUUGCUAAUUAGGGUUUUACGGAAGAUGUUAGGCGCUGGAUUGCAGUUUGGACGGAGUCGUGGCGGAGAAGACAGGUUUUAUAAUCCGGCUAAAGCGAGAAUAAACCGUCAGAAUCAGGAGAAUCUCCGGCGAGCACAAAGUGACGUCACACCGAAUCACAAUACGACGUCGUCUGCUCCUGUUGAGGCUGAGAGUCGAGUUGUUGAGAACCGAGUCGUGAAACCGGUUAAACCGGUUCCGGUUGAACCGCCGGUGACGUCUCCGGUUUGUAAUCUGGAACGGUUUUUGGAAUCGGUUACACCUUCUGUCCCUGCUCAGUAUCCCUCAAAGAGAGCUAUGGGAGGGUGGAGAAAUUGUGACGAAUAUCAACCGUACUUUGUGCUUGGUGAUUUGUGGGAGUCGUUUAAAGAGUGGAGUGCUUAUGGUGCUGGAGUUCCGCUGAUAUUGAAUGAUAGCGAUAGUGUGGUGCAGUAUUAUGUGCCGUAUUUGUCUGGAAUUCAAUUAUACAUGGACCCUUUGAAAUCGUCAGCAAAAUCAAGGCAUCAUACCGAGGACAGUGAUGUUGACUCGUUCAGGGACUCAAGCAGUGAUGUAAGCAGUGAUUAUGACCUUCCAAAGAGUGAAAUCACUCAGCGGUUGGAUCAAUUGUCAUUAAAUUACCACCAUGCCCUUCAGGAAGGCUUCUCUAGUGACGAGGGUGAAUCCGCAAGACCUCAAAGUUGUCUUUCGUUUGAGUAUUUGGAGCGCAAUCAACCUUGGGGUCGGGAACCUUUAACUGAUAAGAUACUUGAUCUUGCUCGCUGCUUCCCUGAGUUGAAAAGCGUGAAAAGUUGUGACUUGCUAUCUUCUAGUUGGUUAUCUGUAGCCUGGUACCCGAUUUAUAGGAUUCCAAUGGGCCCCACAUUGAAAGAUCUUGAUGCUUGUUUUUUGACCUUUCAUUCUCUUCAUACACCAAUUACAGGUAAUCAAUGUGAGCAUCCGCCUGUGGUUACGCAUCCUGGGGAGACGGGUGAUUCAAAAAUUUCAUUACCGGUGUUUGGUCUUGCUUCGUACAAGUUAAAAGCACCACUAUGGAUCAACAAUGAAGGCGUGUUGCUAACUGAUCUUUUGCAGGCUGCCGACGGUUGGCUUGCAAAUCUUCAGGUCAAUCACCCAGAUUUUCUUUUCUUUUCUCGUAGAUGAUGACAACACGAUGACGAUGAUGACAAUGGUUAUGUUUAGAAAAUCAAAAAAAAAAAAAAGACUCGAAUGGUGUAAUACAAAAAAGCCGAAAAAAAGAUGGAUAAAAAGAGAAAAAUAUAGAGAUGCAAUAGACGAAAGAGAGGCGAGACAAACCCUGGUUAAGUUAGGGUUUGGCUGCUUUAUUUAUAAAAAAAAGAGAAAAGAAAAGAAACAGAAGUAUGAUUCUAUGUUGGAUGUUUCUUUAACGUUUUGUUUUUUUAACUUAUUAAAAAGGUAUGAAUGUGAGUGUGAUAUAAGCAGCAGGCUGUAUUUUUUCCGUCCUGGUGAUGUGUUUGUAACGUUAUGGAUUAGUAUUAGUAUCAGUAUUAGCAUUAUAAUUUGUAGCAUAAUGUUGGGGUGUG